UAUUACAUAUUCAAUACUUUUAAAGAAUGUUUACUAUUUAAUUCUUGUUAUCCUAUAUCAUGAUAUUAUGUUCAUUUUAAUUUAUUUCACCAAAUAUUUAAAUAAAAUUCUUACUUUACUAUUAUUCUGUAUGUUUAUAAUUAAUUCAAAUGAAUCUAAUCAAAAUUUAUUGGAUAUAAAUAAUUAUGUAAACAUUUCAUUAUUGAAAAUUAAUGAUAAAAUAAAACAUUCUAAUUCUAGAAGUAAACGUCAUAUUGAUCCAUCUAUACCAAUCGUAACAUCGAAUAAUUUAAUUUAUUCAACUGAAUUAAGAAUAAUUGCUAGUGCUGUAUGUAAAUCACAUUGUUUACAAAGAUGUUCAGAGAAACUAAUAAAAGAUUCAGUGAAAGACAAUAUGAUCGAAGAGAUUGUGAAUAACUUAAUGAAAUUUCCAGUUCAACUUCGUGAUAAAUGCAGUCAAUUGUCUCCUGGAUUUUUGUACUAUGAUGAAUGUGAACAGGCUUGCGAUUCAGAUCGCUUUUACAGUGACUGCAUAAAAAUGUGCGAGUCUGGUGAUUCACCUAGUGGAUGGUCAUGUCUUACUGGUUGCCGAUCCUUAGACGCAGCAUUGAAGAGACGCUCUGGUGAUUGCCCCGAACAGAUUGGCCUUGCAAUUCACCGCAUACCAAAUUUAGUAUCUGUCAAAAAUGAUGUUCAGAAUUAUCCAUCACAUGAGUCUCCCGAAUCUUCACAGUUUAAUUUGGACAAACCCAUCUCUUUACCUGAGAGCGACAACGGAUUAAAAACCAAUAUGCUGGAGAAUUCUUGGUUUACACAUCAUAGCAGUGCAAUUAAUGAAAUAACCAGCUGCACAGUUGAUGCUGAAUGUCCACAAAAGCAAGAUAAAUGCUGUCAAUCACAAUGCAAACAAGCCUUAUUUAAUAAAGCAAUCUUGCCCCCGAUUCCAACAGUACGUAUUUUGGAAGAAAAACAUCCGCCAUCGUUUCUUGUUUCUUGGAAUAAUAACGAAAUAGAAGUCAGCAAUCUCAGCUUACCAACCGUGUACGUACUACAAGUCAAAUCCUAUUUUGGCCCAGAAUAUGAUAACCGUAUGUCAAGUCCCUGGAAAACAUUAGUUGUGUCUACAUUAAAAGGUGCCCAACUAAGUGAUCCUGCUGUUGGUUGGUGGUACCAGUUUCAAGUGGCAGCAGUAAAUCAGUGGGGUUCUCUUGGUUUUGACACUCCAUCUCCACCUGUACAAUUAACAACUCUUCAACCUAGCCCUCCAUCACCUCCAAGAGACUUGGCCGACGAAUUGUUAACACUACAAGCUAAUGGAAAAAUAAGAGUUCAGAUUCACUGGAACAGUCCAGCAACUACCGUAUUACCAGUUACUGAGUAUAGGAUCUCUUGGGGUCCUGAUUCUGCAAAUAUAGAUAAUAAUCAUAAAUUCACUGAAUAUCCUACUCAAUUUGUACAUACUGUUCCAUCGUCUCAAACAAAUUAUCAGCUGACAAAUCUUUAUCCUGGAGUACUGUAUCGAAUUGAGGUAAUUGCAAUGAGUGAAUGGGGUUCAACUCAACUUAGAUCACAACCAAAUACUUUGUUUAUUCAUACUCCAAACGUAGAUUCAAUCCAAGAUCAUAGAGAAGAUUCCCUAAUUGCCAACGUAAAGAAAAUUGAUGCAAACACUGUUCAACAUCUAAAAAACAAGAAGUAUUUGAACCAUUAUGAUGAGUCAUACUCUGAAGACCACCUUAGCCACAACUCAGGCAAAUCGGAUGUUUCUUUUGUUUGUAAUGGAACUAGUAAAAGUUUAGUAUUUAAAAGUUCAUUACCAUCUGAUUCAUCAAUUAAUCAUAUAAAUAUUAAAACUGCAGAAUUAUCAAUGGAAACUGAUGUAGCUGUCUUUGAUGGACAUGGUUUAAUAACUGAACUCAAAAUAUAUGAGUAUGAUUUAAAACAAACAUCUAAAACAGAGUUAAAUCAACAAACAAUGAGUUCACGUCCAUUAAUUGUUCGUUGGACGCCACAAGUUUGCAUUGAAACUGUCAUUGUCACUGGUAAUAAUAUAGAUGAAACAAAUUCCUUUCAAUCAGAAGCUUUAAUAGCCAAUAAUAUUGAUCAAUUUACUAAACCUUCAUAUUCUCAAAUAGAAAAUGCUGGACGGCGUAAAGAAUCACUGAAUUCAAAUGAAAAAUAUAUUUUAUUGAAUCCAGUAAAACAUGGAGUCAACAAUCAUGUUGACGGUAAAAGAUUCAAAAAGCCCAUUUUAAGACAUGCAACAUUACAAUUAACGAAUCUUAACUUUAAUUGUCGUUAUCUAAUUGAAUUAUUGUCUGAAAAACAAGAAUCAUCUAAACGAUCGGACAAAAAAAUUCACCCUGUCUAUACAUCUGGGUAUAAUGUUGAACUUUCUGCAUGGUUGUGUACACCAGCAUGUUCCACAGUAAAAUUAGCUUCAUGGAUUAAAAAACCAAAGUGUUUAGGUACUACACAAGUUUUAGAUAUUAUAACAGAACCAAAAAAUUUAUCAUAUAAGCAAAUAUCGGUAACACCAACGAUCAGUUAUAAUAUAUCUUGGAAGUCAGGUGCGCUUGUAUCAAGAUCUGGGAGUUAUCAACAAUUAACUACUCAAGAAAUCUACAGUGACAAGACUAGUAAAAUUAUUUUCCCAGUGCACCACAGAAUUAUCUGGGGACCAAGCCGAGAUACUGCAAUGAAAUCAGUUGUAUGGAAAUCAUGGCCAAAUCUUCGACCUCGAAUUGAUCAUACAAGAGCUGAAACAAAAGUAUUACGAAACAGUGAAACAUCUAUAGUUUUGGAUAAUCUUCUACCAAAUACAUUAUAUGUGGUUAGUUUACAAGCAAUGACUGGAGAGCAUUAUAUGCCAAAUAAUGAUAAAAUAUAUAUAAAGUCUAAAAUUAAUAAUAAUAAUAAUGUGGAUCAUAUGCAGAAAAUAGAUAUGAAGCCAAGUCUUCUCUCUUUUCAAUCAAUGAAUUCAAAAGAUUUACACCAAUCGAAACCAUCAACACAAUAUUUAGGAUCUAGUAAAGAAGUUUAUCUGGUUUUUGAAACCCCUGAAGAUUCAAAUAUAUUCAAAGAAAAUGGGAAAUUAAUUGAUUCUUCAAAAGAAUUCCGAAGUUCAUUAGAAAAUGGUUCAUCAAGUAAGGCGAAAUACAUUUAUAUUUUAUUAUUAUAUCUAAUACGUAAUUAUACAUUCAUACAUUUUUAUUCAAAGUAUAUAGUGAAGCUGAUCAAAUGUGUUGUAUGUAGUUUUUAUUUGUAAUUGUGUUUUGCUAUGUUAUCCUUAAUUUCUAAUUCGUUUGUGUAUUUAGCAAAUAUUUGUAUUCAGCCUUUUAGAUGAAGUUAGUAUGAAAUGAAUUAUCCUAUGCAAUUCAUACUAAUCAUAUUACCUGUUUGUUAAAUUUCUUUGCAUUCGCUUAUUCAACACAUGAUAUUAUACAUCCGUAUGUCAUUUUAUAUAAAUUGAGUAGAUGAAACUAGAAAAAGGGGAUAUUAAGUAUCAUUGUAAUAAGCUUUUUUGUGUACUAAAAAGCUGUGGUUUGUUGAAACAAAUUUGUUAUUUUGAUUGAGAUCCUGAACCGAUUGAUGUUAGGCCACCAUUAAAAACUUGUAAGCACUAUUGUCGGUCUCCUUAGCAAUGCGUAUCCACGAUCCGGCUUACGAGAUUCGAAUCCAGUGCCUUCGAUCUGGCACGCGAACGUACUGCUGAGGAGUCACACAAUAGAACAAAACGGUGUUUCCGGGUUUUCAGUGGUGAUCUAACAUCAUUCAGUUCAUGAUCUCAAUCAGAAACUCAAUAAUCUCCACAACCUUAUACUGAUGAAUUUGUUGUUGUUGAAGUUUUUCUUUCAAACUUUUCAUGAUUUCAGUCUUUAUAAACCAAGAGAUCACAUUUAGUUGAUAUUUACCUGCACAUCUUAUCCUUAGAAAAAAAAUCCUUUUUUUAAUAUGUUAGCUUUAUUAGACGUAGAAAGAAAUACAGUACUAUUAUAUAAUAUCGGUGUUCUUGUUUUGAUUACAUUAACCAGUAAAAAUACAUUAAUUUAAUGCAUUUUCCAGUAUCUCAUUUUUGACUAUCUGAGUUAGAUUCGAGUUAACACGUUUAGCUUCACUUUACUUUUUAUAAUCAUUUUGAGAAUAUAGUAAAUGGUGACAUGACUAGAGUAUGAUAUUUGAUCUGCUCUCAGCAUAGUUUGUAUUGAGUCAGUAACGGUCAAACGAAGAAAGAUGAUUUCCGGAAUUAAUAAUAUGAGUAUUAGGAAGGAAGUUCGUAUGUAAUGCUAUUUGAGAUAUGAUGGUUAAUCGACCUGCCGCUUAACAUUACCAAAUGUUUCUGAAUAAAAUAUGUCCACGAAAAAUAUGAUAAUGCAUCUACUCUUUGCACAUAUGCAUAUUAUGUUGUUGUUGACACAUUUGUUGUUAUUUGUUUUUCAUGAUUUUCCUGAAAUAUCUAUUUCGUUGAGUUUUUCAGUGCAAAAGAACAAUGAUGAUGCCAUCAUCAUACUUAUUUGAUAACUGUGUUUCGGAAUCAACUUUUUAAUCACCUGGAUUGAAGUUUGUGAAAAAAAUAGGUUACCAAGUGAGAUAAAGAUUAGACUCAAUGUAAAAAACGAAGCAAAACAGGUGACGAUGAAAAAAACUUCAAAAAAUGUCAGAUAACAUGAAAAUGACUUAAAUGUGCAUUUAUACAACAAUGAGUAACAAAAAAAUUGUUUGCAAACCAGAUGGUGUGCGGAUUAUUGUAUAGAUUAUUCAUAAAAAGUUUUAAACGCAGUCACUAAUCUGAAGUUAAAAAUUAAAAUGAUCCAAACUGUCAUUAAUCAUUUAAUCUAAGACUGACUAAAUGUCAAUCGAAUUUUCAAGCUUGAAUUCAUGAAUCAAUUGAAGCUAGACCAUUAUGGAAAACCUGGAAGCACUGCACCACCGUUUUGUCCCAGUAUGGGACUUCUCGUCAGUGUGCAUUUACAAUCCCGCUCGUGGAUUAGUUGAAAAUAGACAUUAACACCAUUGGAUUCCGGCUCAGUGGUUUAGAGAUUAGGCAUUUGCGCAAGAGACUGAUAGGUUUUGAGUUCUAACCCCGCGAGCGAGAUUGCAGAUGCGUAAUGCUGAGUAGUCCCGUACUAAGCCAAAAUGACUGUUCAGUGCUUCUAAGUUUUUCAUGGUGGUCUAGCUUUAAUUGACUAAUUAAUUAAACUAUUACAUUUUAUUUAUUAAUUUCACAUUUGAAGGGAUUAUUUUCAAUGUAUAAUGCUCUUGAGACUAUGAAAACAUUUGUUAUGUGUUGUAUAAGAGUCAUUGUUAUUCUUUAUUCUUUCCCACUGAUACGAUCCUUAUUUUCUGACAAUGUAUUACGUUUUUUAUUAUUUUAUUUUGUAGACGUACGCCAAACAGUCAAAGAGAUAAUCCACUAUGCAGUCUAUCUGGCUUUAAUAAGAAUUAUAUUAAAUUACCAAAUUUUAAAUGUAUGAUCAGUUAUAAAACAAUAAUUUAGAGAUACAACUGUGUAAAUUGCAAACUAAAUCUCACUUAUUUUCUAUAUACAUGUUCUUUGAGGCUUUUUUUGCACUUAUCUUACAGCAUUUCUUUAUAUCACUCACCUGUAUUCCUUUUUGUUAAUGGAAUAUGACUUUUUAUUUAUGUCUUUUGUGUUUGAUAUCCGAAUUGCCAAGCCAUAUACAUGUUAAAAGUCGGAGUAAGGAGAAUACAAGAAAUGUGACAAAAAUUGAUAGAUCUUCCUUAUGAACACUCUUACAUUUUAAAAUCAAUCAAAUAAUGUGGAUUUUAUUCAGUUCUUAGUUGUUACGUAAUGAAUGAAGUAUGUAUACCAUUCAUUUAUUGAAGUUUAACCAUGAAUACAAACUAUACUAUAAAUAUUCUAUGUGAUAAUUCUUAUUCUUUUGUUCUUUUCUUUUCUAAUGGAAUGUAAAUUAUGCUAUUCAAACCAUGAAUUCAUAAAACUAUUCACUUUAAGUUGUAUAUAAAAAUCUUAAUUUAUUGAUUCAUUUUCUUUUAAUUCACUUAAUCUACAUUAUCUUACAAACAUAUCUGUGAUAUUGCAUUUAUUCUGUAUAGUUGACAGUUCUUUCGGAAUAUUACUAUUCUUAAUCUUUCUUUUUUGGUUGGUUCUUUCUGUUUUCAAAUAUUUAACAUCUAUCAGAUGUUAAAUGUUGCCUUUCGUAUAAAUCUAUUUGUAUAAAGAUCUUCAGUAAACAUUCAGUUGAGAUCUAUACUGAAAGGUAUAAAAGGCAAUAAAUAAAUAAUUAUUACAUUAUAUACAAAUUUUAUUGUUGAUAUUGAACAUCAUGUCAUUUAAAACUAAUUCUCUGAUGAUUGUAAUAAAAAACGAAUUAUUGCCUAAUAUGAUUACUUAACUUUAAUUCACUCAAAUAAAGGAAUGAUAUAAUGGAGAACUUUGUAAUCUACCACUUUUUAGAUGUAGUUUCGUUUACUUCUGACUGAUAAUACUCUAUUU